AUGGUGCCUUCUGCGAGGCAACUAUUGUUGGUGCUGGUAACUUUCUUUAUACUCAUCAGUGUCGAAGGAAAUGGUAAGUUUUUUUAAUGUUGUUGAUUUUAUUUUCAUCUUUCACCGCCCAGUUUUACCCCUUGUAAAACUUCAGUAGUAUUAAGGAUCGGAAGUUGCGAAGCUAGUGUCGAAGCAGAUAAAGCUGAAUCGUUCCUUUUAAAAUUAACAUUUAUUUCUGAAGAUUAGAUCAAUUUUUUUACGGUGUUUGCCGGCUAAUCGACAGUCCCAACAUUUCAGUUUUAUCAAAUUUACACGGCACUCAGUAGCUUCAAAUACAAGUAAUGCAGAUACAAAAACUUACUCAUUUGAUAUUUAUGACAUUUUGGAUCAAUACUCAUCUUUCUCUAAAUGGUUGCACAACUCCCAGUAUCUUGAACAAUAAAUAUAUAACCGAUAGUCGCAAAAAUAAUAAACCAUCUCUCCUGGAAUGAAUAACUUUGUGAAAUUAGGUUGAAGCAGACGAAUAGUUCAUUGCAAAAACAGAUUAUAAAAUAUUAAGGAAUUUCGAAUAUAUCUUGCAAACCAUCGCCUCCUUCUUCGUUAGCUUUCCUCUUCAUUUCUGUGAGCGAGGCACUCAUUCCUCUCCGAGCGCACGUUUUGUUAUCUCUCCAAAAUGAAGUAACAUUUCCGAAAUAGUGAAGUAAUGAAAAAACAGCUCCAAAAAGUUGGAUUUUGAUCUGCAAAAGUGACCUCUACCUUGUUAUGCCCGCAUUGGAACCCCAAAAAUUAUGAUUUUUAUUGUUAGUUAAUGACGUUGAAAGGAAACAGGAACUUUAUUGUCUUACUUCAUCGCUUUGGUUGAUUGGUUCCUAAAACUCGCGCCACCGCAUAAGCCGAUAAAUCGCAAGUUAAACGGCUAAUUCUACUUGUCACGGCUCCUUCAUAUCCCUUUGUCUCUCAUGCUCCUUUGGCAAUUUGCUUGUAUAAUUUGAGUUCUUACGUUCAGAUUAUUCAUUGCGACUGUAUGCCUUGAAGAUGCAUUCCAAAUACCCUUACAUUUAUCAUACACGGCAUCAUGGGGUUAACUAAGCUGAAUUCUAUAAUUUAUUUUAGUCAUCGAGAGAGGAAAAAUUCACUUCACUCAAGCAAAUGACGAUUAUCUUUGCCAGCAAGCUUCAUUUAGCAAAAGUUUUAAGAAGGGAACACCAGUGAGCGUAUUCGCAUCAGUGAACCGUGGAAAUGGAUCGUCCAGUGUCUACGAUUCUAUAUUUGUAUGGGUAGAAGAAGUGAGCAAUGUUCGUUUCAAAGCCUGUGUUGUUGAAGGGGGCCGAGGAGCAGGAGAUAACUUCACCAUCGACUGGUUUGCAUUUCAAGGUCCACAGACAGGAGCUGAACAUGGUGCAACGUUGUUCAGCAAAUUCACUACAGGAUCACAGUGCAACCGGGUGGCAUUUAAGAAUGUAAGAUUGUUUGAGUUUUCAAAGACUGCGUGACCAAGUUGUUAAAAGUGCUGGGUUUCAUAUGACCCCUUUAUUCAAAUCUCGAUGCCUGCAUCUAAUUGAAAUUGUUUGUUGGGAAUCUAAAUGGGCUUUGUGUAAAAAGCCGUCUGCUUUGCCAUCUUUUGUUGUUGUUAAUUUUUUUUUUUAGUUUUUUGAUUAUGCGCAGUUUUCCUAAUCGAAGUGCCUCAUGUAUAAAUGAUUCAAUAGAGUGACCCUUGAUUUACCUUACUCUAGUCAAUUUAGUUUUGCAUCGAUCUUUUGGCCUGGAAGAUUCUCCAGAAACCAUUUUUUCUUAGAUAAUGCUAUUUUGCGACGAGUGACAUUUAAUUUUUUUUGUUGAAUUCAGGUCUUCAAAACAACUCCUACAGUUCACGUCACUCCGCACCACACCAAGAAAGGCCGGAAAUACGACGCAAUGCUGGUUUGGAUUGAAAAGGUUUCGCCGAGCGAAUUUGAAGUUUGUUUGCAAGAGUCAAGGGUAUUCGAUGGACUUCAUGAGGGACUCAAAGUGGUGAGCCGUUAUUCUUUCUAUGUGGUCGUUUUGCCUUUAAUACUUUUUGGGCUUUGUUUCGUAAUAUAGCCUUUUUUAAUUUUUUCUAUUUUUAAUAAUUGUCACACUUUGAUUUUAUAUUCAUAUUUGAGGUUAGCCACAAAUUCGUUAGAUGCUCCAGUCCUUGUGUCUUCAUUUUGUUUGUUUGCUCCGGUGUCUUGGUGAUGUCGCUGUUAUUUACUCUUUUUUCUUAGUUCACUUUAUUUUUGAUAUUUUAUUUCUCGAAAUGAACUGCAUUUUAUAAAUUUGUGCCGCUCUCGCUAAGAGCGGUCCUCUCGAUUUCCCGUCGGAGAAAACUUUUUUUUAAUUUUUUGCCCAUGAAAAGGGUUUAGGACACAUGUUUCAAAAAUACCUUAGUUGUUCUCCACUUCUCUUUUUUUGCGUCGUACAAGCCAAAAAUGAUUUUUGGCAAGACCACUCCUGUGGACAACGAUCAAAAGUGUAAAUUUCAAAGAUUUUGUCCAGCGCGCAGCGACUGCAACAAUGUAGCUCACAGAAUUCUAUCUCGCUACAAGUUACAAGAUGUAUUCAGUUAGUUCACAGACAAAAUAUGGAAACUUCAUCUGAAAUAUUUUUCUUACCAGCGGGAUCAGAGGAGACCCUUCUCUGCGACCUUAAUUUGCAUUUUAAAAAUUCACUACUUUGUACGAAAGAAUUCUCAUAACACAGGCGAUAAUCGGGCUGAAAAAAACAUAUCAGUGCAUAGUUUAUACAUCAAUGAGGUCACGGAUUGCCUCAAACCUGCGGGUAUAUCUGUAGCUUCCAUCCACCAACUUCUUACAAACAACGCAAAACGAUGUGUUUGCUCAAUUGCAUUCGUGUCAAAGAUUAUUUGCAUGAUUCUGAAAAUUGACCAAGAUCUCCUUUUGACCGUUCAAACUUCGUUCGUUUAUCUUCUACGUUGAGGAUUUUAGGUUUUCAUAGCAGCUGAAUGGAGAAUAGAUGCCGAGUUGUCCUAAAACGUUGCGUAAACGUUAUCGGUCGUAACGCUUGCGCGUUUGCGUGACUUUCAAAGUAAACGAAAGUGAUCAAAAGGCGCCUUCCCGAUAAUUUACGUUGAAAUAUCAGGUCAUGAACUACGCACAGUGUGGAGAAGAUCAAAAUUAAAGAACAAACUUUGGCACUCUGGUCAUAACAGACAUAUGGCGCUGCUUAAAAGGACACAAAAACAAGUUAAAAUAGGUUACAGAGUUUAUAUUUACAAAACAGCACGCAUACACUCUAACACAAUUCCUGCAGUUUCUCCCGAGAUUUAGCACACGCAACCCGAUGAACUCGCCCUCCUUUCUAAAAAUUUGUUUCCGUCAUUAAUGAUGUCACGCUCUUAUGGACCACAACGGUUUUGAACGACAGACUCGACAUUUCCCUGCGACCAUCAAAAUCAAUUGGACAAACCCGGCUUGAUGGAUUGCGUGACGUGAUUGUGCAAACUUUUCGUUUUGUCAUACGACCUGUUUCGCGUUGGAACCAAAAUUAGUUAAUGUAACGAAUUAGAAUCGAAAGUGAUUACAAUGGACUGAAGAAUUUUUCAUUUUAACGAGAAUUCUAGCUUUUAAAAUGUUUACUUAAUUCAUGGUAAGCAAAUAUUGGAGUGGCUUUGGGUUUUUCAGCCCUGAUUUGGAAAAAAUAAAACAGUUAUUAAAAAUAAAAGAAAAGCUUUCUCCGACGGGAAGUCGAGAGGACCGCUCUUAGCGAGAGCGGCACUUAAGUGACGAUGUGUUUAUAAUUCUUAUCUAUGAAGUGUCAGGUUUUUCCCUCCUUUGAACAGAUUUGUUUUGGCUUGUUAUGCCUUUCCUUUUUUUUUCUCCGUUUGCCGACUUAAACUGUCUCGUCCUCAGAUAAAAAAUGCUCAGUUCAAAGUACGUCCUCCAUCCUUUGUAUUCUCUUGUGUAGUCACCUACAAAGCUUGGAAAUAUUAUUUCAUCUUGACAAAUUAGUGUAAAUGUUAAAAGGUUCAGACUCUCACUUUACUUUUUUUUUUACUCAUUUCAUUUUUGUCAUGUUAAGAACUGGAUGGCAUACGAGAAAUAUCCUUCAACUUGGAAAGGUAAAGAAUCAGAGAGCAUCCUAUUUUCCGCAAAGGAGUUGCCCUCAGCCCAAAACAAAUAUGCCCUAUGCAAGGUUUGUAUUUAUUAUGUUUAUGAUUUAUUGUGAGCUUACGGCUGGGUUUAUUCAUAUUUAAAAAUAUGAUAAGAAGUAAAGAGAAGGUUCUUCGCGGAGAUCAGGUUCAGAUAAAGGUUCUACAUGUAUGUCAGCGUAAAGAAGAAAAAAGUCAGUGUCAUUCGUGAGGAUUUAAACUGAACCGGUUCCAAGUUUUGUUUUUUUUUUCUCGAAAUAUUGUUUUGAAUGACAAUUAAACAAAGCCGAGGUUAUUAGUUUUUUACUAUCGGGCCUGAAACUCCAACUGAAAUAAAACCAGCUUUGUUUCAAUUGACUCUAAAGCAAAAUGUCACAUCUACAAGUUUAAUAACGCUUGCGAGAAUCUCAUUUGAUAGGUUAUAAUUAUUUCAUUCUUUGAUCUAAAUUCAACAGACGAUCAAAUAUGACGAGCCAUUCUUUAAACCACCUGUUGUGCUUGCAACUGUCUACAAUGCUGCCAAAGGUAACAAGUCGAAUGACGGAUGUGACAAUAAGGACAAAGAACCUCUACUUACCUGGAUGGAGGUAGGGUUUGAAUCACUUAUUUAUCUACUGAUUAUCACAGAUGUAAAUGAAAUUCCGACAGAAUGCAAGAGUUAUGGUUAACAAUUUCUACAAUACAGCUUGUAAAUAGAUGGUUAGCUACACCGAAUUGAUGUUAACGAGGAAUUUGCUUCUUCAUAAUGGUGCACUUGCCUUUUUUGUUUCAUUUUUAAUUGUUUGGUCUGUUCGUUUGGUUGUUUCCAUCGUUUUUUGCUUUCUUUUCCUUCCCCCUCUUUCCUUUCAUCAAACUUCCUUUUGUUUCUUUUUUUUUCAGUUGUCAAAAUUAUUUUCCUCUCUCUCGAACUUUCGACUGUAACUAAUAAUUGUUGACAUUUUAAAACUCUUCUGUAGUUUUCAACGAAUGUGCUUCAUCAUUUUGCGUUCAUUUUAUUUUCCUUCCUUAGGAGGUGACUAAGACUCACUUCCGAAUUUGUAUGAAAGACCACACAGCAUAUGGUCGCCAAAGAAGCGAUGUGGAAAUAGACUACUUCGUUAUUGGAGGUAAUAAAGAAAAACGGUUUCUUAAUGAGCAACCAAUUAUUUUCCGAACGAUAUUCAUUUAUUCAUUUUUUUUAAGAUGCAAAUAGUGAGAUGCAAGGGCCUACUCUGUAGUUCUCAGUUGUCAGUUUAUGUCUGACAAAAAAUUCAUCUGAAUGCAGGAUCUUAGUAUUAUCAUGUGCCUCGUUAUCGGAGAGGACAAGCAUUUCUGUUGCAUGAAAUACCACUGAUUUUAUAUUAUUUUCAAUUUUUUUGUACCUGAAAUCAUUUUGUCAAUCAUAAGUAUUGUUAGUUUUGUUUUACCUUACCUUUCUAUUUAUCUGCUCUUGCAAUUGUUCUUCCCUUUUUUCGAUCGUGUAGUCAAACUCUGCAUUCCACACACCCUUUUAUCCACAAUUCUUGACUGCCUCAUAUUGUUACCCUGUAAUUUUUCUUGCUUUCUAUUUAUAUCCCUUUAUGCUUGAAAAUAUAUGAGUUAAUUUUUCAUUGUUCUCUAUUUUCAGAUCUUGAUCCAUGUAGAGAUAUUAACUGCACAUACGAAAGCUUUUGUUACGCUUAUACUCCUUGGAAGUAUGCUUGCAUCUGCAAAGAUGAUUGCCCAUCAUACGAGGAACAGGUCUGUGCUUCAAAUGGUCGAACUUUCAAGAACAUGUGUUUCCUCAAGAAAAAAAUUUGUGAAACACGUGGAAAUUACACGAACUAUCAUCCUGGGAGCUGCAGAGGUAAUGAGCAUUACUAAGAUUACCUGUUUGUCUGUUAGUUGAAGUCAUCCGAAAUAUACCAUGUUCUUCCCGACAUAUUUCUUUACAUGCUUUUUGUGUAAAUAUCAGUUUUCUUCCCUUGUGAAAUUUCCACCACUUCACACUAAACAACUAAUUUCUGUUUGAAUUCGAAGUUUCUUUCAUAACGACCUAAAAACCAAACAGAAUUUGCUGUGUGUAUUUUGUGCUAAAAUGGCACUAAGGGCAAGACUAUAAGAACGUCAUAGGGUUAAUUUUUUGUUAUCACAGUUUAAAUUUACCCCAUUCGUAGAGAGUAAAUUCCAUCUCCGUUUGCAAGGUUGCCCCGUUGUUGUUUUCGAGUCUGUUGUUGUUUUGUUUUGUACUUUUGUUGUACAUUUUGUUUGUUUGAUGACCUAAUUUUUCUAUCAUGAUGAACAAACAAAAAAGCCCGUUACUUAGAACUGCAAACAAACAUGCUGCUGUUACAUGCUUCACUUCUUAAACUUAGCAGAUCCAUCAAAAUUCCAUUUUAGGUUUCCCAAUGCAGAAAGGAAGACACGAAUUCCAAAAUACACCUUCGUGGGCCGAAGAUCAGUGUGAUGUAAUCAAGUUUAAACCGUUCAUAUUCUAUCCUCAUAUGAAAAUAUACGUACAACUCACUGUUAACCACUUCAACUAUUCUGAUGACACGUUGGUACACGAAGCUACCACGCCUUGGGUCGAGAGCAUUAACACCACUCAGUUCACAGCCUGCGUUACGCGAGCUGGAAGGAAUGACUACCCCGCAGACAGCUUCGCUUUAAUAGACUGGGUGGCCUAUCAGGGAGCGCCACCUGGAGGAAUAGCAGGAGAGGAGAUGUUCUUAACUUGGUGGACUGGAACUAGCUGCAGAACAGUCACUUUUCCAAAUGUAUGCGCUACUCUGUAAUUUUUGUAUGAGAUUAUAUGGAGUCGCAUAAGACUCUCCUUAUGUCUUACUUAUGGACAAAAAUGUCCGGUUUCAAACAGUCUUUCCUUGUGAUGAUUCACUAUCUCAUAGAAUUCUACCUCAAGCUACUGGAUUAUCUGAAAGGCACUCAGCACAUCUUGGAAGCAAUAUUUUCAAUAAAAGCCAGUGGAGGACACAUUUUUAUAGAUUUCAAGUGCGUAACGUCGAGACUAGUUUACUGCACUUUCUAAAGAAUAAGCUUUUCGUAGUUUCAAUUCACUUCGUUAAUCCAAGAAACCAUAUAUUACGACGACAGAAAUUGGCCUCAAGGAAGUCGAGUGAACGAGUUUAUAUUGUGCAUUAUUGGUCUUCCCUCUAAUUCAAAAAGGUAUCCUUUUCCAUAAAUUUAGGGAAAGUAUUCUGAGCCACCGUCGAUCUUUGCAACAGCUGUCCAUUACAGAUCAAGUCUCAUGCACGAUGCUACCUCUGUGUGGCUUGAGGAUGUUUCUACAAAUUCUUUUAAGAUCUGCCUCAGGGAGCUUCAAAACUUUGCAGGAGUUCAUGAUGAUAUUUCAGUGGUAAGUUUUGUCAAGUCCUCAUGAAUUUUGCAAAAUUUACUGAAAUUGAAACCCUCAUCCACCUACCGCCCAUAAGUAUGACUCUUACUAACAUCACACGUAAUGACAAGGAAAGAUAAUAAUAACGAAAGGGUAUCAUUUCCAUGCAAUCAUGGCGCUUUGCAAUGGGUAGUUAAAAAAAAUUUAGAUUAAAAAAAAUUUGUAUUAAUGAAUGAAUUUGAAUUUUGAAUUUCUUGUUUAUACUUGGCAAUGCAAAACUUAGAGAGAACAAUUUAUGAAAUAACGCAACCUGCCAUUCGCCUGCAAGUCGGACACUAGUUUAAGACCAUCUUAUUUAAAAACUUUAGUUUGACCAUGAUUUAGUUACUGAACACACUUCUCUUUUCUCGCAACUUAUUAAUUAUAUAUUUGUCUUAGAAUUGGUUGGCAUUUGGCAAAACACCAAGGCCAGUGUUCAAAGAGAGCAGCGUUGUCAGCUUUCCCAACUCUGGCUUGCCAUCAAUAAAAUACAAUUACGCUUUCUGUAAGGUAGGUGUUGCGUCUCUUCAAAAGAAUAACAAUGUAGUUUGUUUUUGGAUGAGUGUAGCACUGAUAGAAAAAAGUUGAAUCAAGUUUCAACUAUAGUAAUCCACAGUUUCAUUUUUUUUAAUUCUUCUUCUCACUUUUCUUUUUCUUUUUUCACAAGUGAUUUAUUUACAAAUUUACCCCUUUCUGAUGAGCUAAUUGGAUACAAAAUUCGAGCCAAUCAUGAGUUAUCCAGUACUCUUGACUUUUCGCAGGAUGUUGUUUGGACAUUUUACAAGCUCCUCAGGGUUUUUCACUGGACUAGGAGCUGUUCAGUUUUUGCGACAUCCAACGAAGCACUUUUAUGAUAUGCACCUGUGAUGUAUAGACAUGAUCCACAUGAGGGCCAUGAUAUAUGCAAAGAGCCACGAUUUUCUAGACUAGACAAGACACACAAACUCGCAUUUGACUAAUUGUUAUGCUUUCAUUAAAUUUACACCAGUUAAAGCUAUCUCAGUGAUUACCUUGGUAAUUAAAAUAUUCCAUUGGUGAAUAGUUGGUUAAUCUCUCGAUUAAAUUAGUGACUGAUCAUAUUUACUUACACUGGUCCAUAUAAAGGAUGUGACCUACUCUCAAUCGGCUUAUACCUACCCACCAACGGUGCUGGUCACUCCCAAGCAUUCUACUGGUGGAGGAAAUGCUGCUGCGGAAUGCAAUGGAAUCGUAAGCUGGAUUGAGGUAACAACAUUUCCUGGAAAACGGUUUGUUAGUAAGUUGCUUCUGAACUACCUCGUUAAGCCGCGGCUUUUUUCAUCAUCAUUAUCUUCCACAAUAGGAGAGCAGACAUUAACGCGUCGGCAUGGUUUACUUUCCUAGUCCCGAUAUAAUCUGAUAUUCUUUUAGAAAACCAGAUGAUGCUUUGCCUAAACGUUUGCGAAGGUUUUGCACCGUUAAUCUUACAUUUACUAGGAACAUUUUUUAUUUAUAAUUCUUAAUCUUGAUUAGGGUCACGAAUCUUCAGAAUAAUUACAUAAAUUCGCUAACCAAACAGUUUGUUUCCUUUUUGCUUCCAAGUCUAUCACAACGUCUGGAUUUCGAAUUUGUGUCAAAGAGCUGUACGUGCAACGGUUUGACCCUUUGAACGUCUCAUAUGCUGUGAUGGGAGGUGAGAUUUGUGACCUGCUUUGAACUUCUCGUGAGUUGCUCCUCCGUGCUGAUUGAAGUUUCGGGUGUUCCGAGCAAUAAAACUUUACAAAGUUAAAAAAGUAAAUGAAUAAACGAAAAAACUAGCCCAUUGUGUUUAUUUCACAGACAGCAUUUGUGACGACGACUGGAAUUAUUUCAGAGGGUAUUGCUAUAGACAAGUGGCUGCAUGUGAUUCGUGGGGCAGCAGCCAGGGAAAAUGCGCCACGCAGGGAGCUAACCUUCCAAGCAUACACAGCCAGGAAGAAAACGUUUAUGUCCAGAGUCUGCAUGGCGGAGAGCACUCUUGGCUAGGGCUCACUGAUAUCAACUCAGAAGGGAAGUUCGUGUGGAGCGAUGGGAGCACAUUUAAAUUUAAGAACUGGGCGAAGGGCCAACCAAACAACUAUGGCAAUGAAGACUGUGUUCAUACUCUUGGCUUCCUCAAAAACCAUCAUUACGAAUGGAAUGACGUGAACUGCACUGAUUGUCACAGAUUUACCUGCAAGAAAGGUUAGUAAAAUGAGUGUGCAUAUGGCAGAUCUGGCGGUUUUAUAUGAACGUUCAAAUGAAGAUUGGAUGGUAUGGUGUAUCGUAGUAGUUAAAAAAAGAGCGGGGAGACAGUUAGGCUAGAUGCUUUGUUUCGUUUUGAAUAGCUGUAAAAACAAUUUCGAGUACAUAAAAUUUUCCUUUGUUUCACCAGAUGUGAUCAGCAAAAUAACCUACCAAAUAACCACCUAUAUGCUUUUUAACAAUCUUUUUAAAAAUCUUUUUUUCAGAUUAUGAUGAAUGUAUCGACUAUAAUUAUCACUGUCCAGCAGAUUCUCAUUGCAUUAACAAUGAUGGCUCAUACACCUGCAAGUGUAAUAAGGGUUUCCGUUUGGAUGCCAACAAGGACUGUCAAGGUUUGUUAAUUUUAACAAUAAACAGAUAUAAUAAUUAAUAAGUACUCAUAAAAUAUGCUGUCUUAGAAUUUCAUAUUUAAAAAGAGAGUACGUUUGUUUCAUUCACCUUUCAUACCGUUUGGAUGUAACAAGGAGUGCGAAGGUUUGUUAAUUUUAACAAUAAAUAGAUACAUUAGCUGAUAAUAAAUUAUAAAAUAUGCUGUCUUAGAAUUUCAAAUUUUUAAAAGAGUAAGUUCAUUUCAUUAACCUUUCUUACCCCCUCGAAAGUUAACUUCGGUGUUUGACAUAUAGCGAUAGAAUCGAAGUGACUGAUCUUUGGAAUAAAUCAGAAAACUCAUGUCUAUAUCUGUAUAUCUCAGUGAAAGGCCGUUUUCUUAUUCUUUUAAUACGAAACAGAUAUGGAUGAAUGCCGCUUGGGAACCUACACAUGUCAUGUCAAAGCUCGCUGCGAGAAUAUUCCUGGUACCUAUAGAUGUCGAUGUGCUCCAGGUUUAGCAGGAACCGGUAAAACCUGUGGUGGUAAGUCUCUGCAAAGUAAUUAAACGCCUCUACUACCUUUUGUUUUUAUUGUUUGUUUGCUGUUGUUGUUGUUUUUUUCAAACUUAACUUUCACACUUUUGUUAUCGACGAGUUUGGUCUCUGUUUCUCAGCAGAUUAGUUGCGUGUCAUCGGCAUAAACAGUAAAACUUUUACAGUUACUCUUUACUGAUAGAAAGACUGAACUAUUCUCAUACCGAUAAACUUAAUUUUUGUAUUGAAUAUAUUGAAAUGUAAGCGGCGAAGCCUUAUAUCCUAAACUUGUUUUCAUUUAUUAACUCCACAGCACCGAACGCCACCGUAAUAUCUUCAUGUACCAAUUUAACUGUAUGGCAGUCAGAUUCAACUGGCUAUAUCGAGUCCAAUGAUGCCCCUGUACCUGGUCAUGUGGAAACCUACAAAAGUGACAUGGACUGUACCUGGAAUAUAACCUCAAAUGGACAUAUUGAACUUGUUUUUAUUCGCUUAAAAACUGAGGAUAAGGUCGAUAUCGUCAAUGUGUACGAUGGUGUAUCACGUUCUUCUCCUUUGAUUGGUACUUUAUUUGGAAACACUUUGCCCAAGCAAUCUUUGACAAGCACGUCCAACAACCUUUACGUGAGGUUUACGUCAGAUAUCUCGAAAGAAUUUGCAGGAUUUCGGGCUCGUUAUCGAGGUAAGGAAAGGUUAUGAUUUCUUUUACUCUUUUUUUACUCUCAAUUAUACUAUUUCCUUCGCAGUAACUAAGCAUUUUCAUGGGAUUGACUUUAAAGGAGACCCUUCAGAAAGACCUCAGCGCCUCAUUAUGUAGACUAUGUUGUUGUUUCCACACAACAAUUAUUUGUUUAAUCAGAAAGUCAAUCGCAAAUUUUCUUUGACUCACAAACCUAGCUUCAUCAGGGAAUAUUUUGUUGCCAGAAAGACAAGAUUGUUAUAAUAGCAAAAAUUUAUGGAUACUAUUUAGAGGAAUUUCAUUCAGAUCUCGGUAAUGAAUCAAAGUUUUGUGUACUCAGGAACUUCUUUUUUUGUGCAAUCGAACGUAUAGCGUUAUCAACCCAUUCUAUUAUACUCUUUUACAUCCAAAUUUAAUACCCGGACUUUAUCGACUGGCGCAAUGCCAUUAAAUUUGUCAAAAAAGAUAAAUUACGCGAAAAAUGACCAUAAGGAAAGUUCGCAUAUUAUUGCAAAUGAUGUCCCUUGAGGAAAAGGUGUAAAAAAUUAAAUAAUACAAUAAUUGUAAUGAUAAUAAAAAGACAGCCAGAAAAGGAGACAGUUAAUAUUUUAAGUUUAUUUAGUCUAUAUUCACCUAAAAAAAAAUUGAUUAUUUUUGCCAGCAAUUACUGAUGGCAGCGUACGUAUAAACAGCACCAGCCCAUCAACUGGAAGAGUAGAGGUUUUCUACGAUGGCAAAUGGGGGACCAUCUGCGAUGAUGCUUGGGACCUGAACGAUGCUCACGUGAUAUGUAGACAGCUUGGCUUCAAACAAGCCUUGCAAGCUUACAGAAGCGCUUAUCAUGGCCAAGGAAGCGGACCAAUUUGGCUUGACGAUUUGGCUUGCUCAGGGAGUGAGAAAAAUCUCCACGAUUGCAGGCAUCGAGGAUGGGGAAAGCAUGACUGCACGCAUGGACGAGACGCCAGCGUGAAGUGUACAUAUGGUUCUUCCAUCAUUCGGUUAGCGGGUGGAUCCCACAAUUAUGGCCGAGUUGAAGUUUUAGUUGGAGGCCAAUGGGGCACUAUCUGUGAUCACACCUGGGACAUCAAUGAUGCAAAGGUCGUCUGCCGUCAGCUCGGUUUCAAAGGUGCGACCUCUGCACCUCGAGGCGCAGCAUACGGACAAGGCUCUGGUCCCAUCCAAAGAAGCUAUGUCUAUUGCGAGGGGAACGAAGAAUCUUUGCUGGACUGCCCACACUGUCCAUCUCAUCAUUGUUGGCACUCUGAAGAUGCAAGUGUUGUUUGUCAUAAUUGAACGUUAACUGAUAUUAAGACACCUUCUAACACUGAGGUCAUUGAUGUCCUCUUACCUGUAAUAGUGGUUCAAGUCGGACUAAUAGUAAUAUUAGCUAUAAUAGCUGUAGCGGUAAAACUAUAUGUGAUUCGUCGUUUCCGUUCGGGUAAAAAAAAAUUCAUAGUUAAUAACAAACAUUACUGAAAACACAGCAGCUCUCCUCGAUAAUGAGGGCACAACUGUGUGGAAAGCUUGCAAUCAGCAUAUGGAUAAUAGCUAAAAACGAGAACAAAACGAGCGUUGACACGUGCCCUUCGUGACGUUUUGGGGAUUCAGUUCACUUUGAAAUGAAUAAAAAUUGGAAACCAAUUGAAAAAAAAAAUCGUUAGUCGAUCACUCUCAGCUGCCUACAAACUCUUAUUUUGUUUUUAGAAAAAUCUAUAUCUUAUGGAAGUCAACUGUCCAUGAUUUUGCAACUCUAGCUACUGAAAUACGAAAUUUGUCUGACACUGCGAAAGUUUUAUUUUAAAGGAAGAUAAGCUAGAACUAGAAUAUCGUAAUUAAGACUCUAUCACGAAGAGAGACCUAGGAUUCGACCAUUUGUAGAAGACUCAAGAUAAUACCUGGAUUUCAUUUUUACAACACAGAAAUCAAUUCCAAAUAUCGAUCAAGUUUUCACUUUACUUUAAAAGUUGAGUUGAUGUCGUUAUUGGCUAUAUUAAAAAGGUUGAAAAUUUUUAAAGUUAACCAUUAAUUGGCAAGUCUUUGUAUCAUAUUUCAAUCUAACCAUUUUCCAAACUUGUAAACACCAUUGCAAAAUAAUUAGUCAUGGAAAUGGAAAAUUUGUGGCAUAUAAGUCAUUCUUGAAACGCCAUAUCCAGAAUAAGCUAACAGGACUGAGGAGGGUGUAUGUGGGAAUAGGCUCUCUUGUCUGUAUCGUUAAUCUGCUAAUUGCUCCUGUUACUAAUGUUUUGAUGAGGUUGAGCUGUCAGGGCAAAGGAACUGAGGAUGUAAGUAGGAAGUGACUUUUUUUAAACCUGGAAACUAUCAUCGUGAAAAAGCCAUACUUGUGCCUGGUAACAUAUUCUUACUCUGAUAAACUAGUUUUAAUGGGUAACUGACGCCAAAUUUUCCCCUUUUUUAUGUCCCAAUACAUUCCUCUUCGGUUGAAGAAUCCUGACUGAGCAAAUAAACGAUAUAUUAUGCAAAACCAAAUUUCAAUUUUUCUUGACGCUUAAUCGACGCCCAUUUUGAAAACGUUCCGAUCAGGUAACGUGAUGUGAUACGUCACACGUGUGUAAGGCAGUAAAAAGCGUCAUAUCAAGGCCUUAAAGUAACAACUUCGCCCUCGCUGUUCAGUCUCAGCCGAAAUUUACGAGCGGAAAAAAAAAUAAGAUUUGUUCCAUUCUGAUAUAGGCCAUUUUCAUUUGCGAUCGGAAACAUGAUGAAAUAAAUCCUGUACGAAAGGUUACUCGUUUCAAAAAUGUACCACUGUCAGCUGAGUGAACAAUAAAUUACUCACGCUCGUUUAUCGCAAAUAAAACAAACCGACAACCUGAGAGAGGAAACCAUUAAAGCAAAUGUCAUGGGACUACCUAGCUUCCACCGUUUAAAACGCAGUGCUUUGGUAAAAAGAAGGAACCAAUCAGCGACAAACUCGUGCUAUGGAAAUAACAAGCACGUAAUGUUUCUCAAAUUACGACCCUUAAAAAAAAACAUAUAUAUAUAUAUAUAUGUAUGUAUAUAAAUAAAUAAAUCUUGAUUAUAGUCUUUCCUUGCGGUAUAAUGCGUGGUAUAUCUAGAAGUUGGACAAAUCAGUAAGACAUAACUUUUCUGUGACUCAGAAUUUCACGCUUACGCGGUCAUAUAUAUAUAUAUAUAUAUAUUUACUUUUUUAUAUAUACGUUCACGCUCAAGUUAACCAAAACUGUACCACUCUUAGCCGCGUUGACAUUUACAAUAUGGACGGAAAACAAUAGGAUGUAAAACAAAGAAAACGAAAACCAGGGAAGCGCUGUGUAGAGAUGUUUUCAAUCCAAAAAAAAAAAAAUGCCGAAGGAGUCAGCCUUCACCAGUUUCCUCAAACUCUGGAUGCUAAACAAUACAUUUGGCUUCUGCCCGCAACUGUUCCACCGUAACAUCCUCCAAAUUUUUAUUUUGACCACAUCUACCUCCCUGCAAAAGAUGUUUGCUUUCUCCCUCCACAUUGUUUGGAAGUUUUCACACUGACACCUUGUAAUAAAAAAAUCGGUAAAGUAGCAGUUUUUUUCACGACGUUGAAUAGAAGAAAUAGAGAGCACAACUUGUAUGACUCGUUUCACCAAAAGGAACAGUUAUCAGCUCUGUAAUUGUCACAAACGUGAGAGAUAACCAAAAUUUUAGGCUAUAAACAAGGUGCAAAGACCACAAGUAAACAAUAAGUAAAUAUUGAGAUAUUAAAUGCUACUUGUAUGAAUGCUAUUUUUUGCCGCAUCGUGUUUUAAAGUAAAAGCCGAGAAAUCUUUAAACCGUUCGUCGAAUUCAAUACAGGAAGACUUAAAACCGAUUCAAUCGCGUGGAAACGAGUAUAAUCUGUCUAAUUCUACUCCACAAGCGUGUAUGUUUAUAUUUUCAGUCAGUGAAAUCUUAACUUCAGAAGGUGCGCGAGUGAAGCUUAAAAACACUUCGCUCCCAUGGUAUUCAAAAGUCUGCACAUUUUGUUUUCUUUCCUUGAUCUCUCCUACAUUUAAUAAGCGACUGAUUUUAAGAUACCUUAUUUAAAAGCGUAAAUGCACUCACUAUUCUCGCUUUCUUGAUUGAGGCGGCCACGACGCACGGGCUCGUGAUCCUUUUCUGGCUCUUCCAUCCUAUUUUAGGUUCGCUCUGGCGGUUCAAAUCGCGAGGGCCUGAUUUAACCAAUAGGUUCAUAAACCCUUUCAUUAUGUUCACCUUCCAUCGAGGCCUCAAAAUCCGAAUAAUCAGACCCUGAAAUAGAACCGCUUUCACUUCACUUCACUACUUUACAUAAUGUACACACGUGUGACGUAAAGGUCACAUGAUCAAAAUCGAAGCGUUUACGGCGGAUGACUCACGAAGCUUCAUUUAGGACAGUUUUUCCAGCGAAAAAAGGCACAAAGAGGCAUUCGAAACAUCUGUUUCAAUGCGUUACCUGAGGCAUUUGGACGAUAUUCCGGAAAAGUGACCUUGUAGCCUUCAGUUAAGAAGGAUACAAAGCAAUCAACACGCAUGCUAGUCAGCGGUAUCUUUAAACAGCUUGGGACCUUCGUUGUUUUUCGUAAUGGUUUGAGAAAAUUUUUGAAGAUAGAGAAUGUUUCCUCCUUCAGAUGAAGUGUAUGAUGUCAGUAUCAGUUGACAUUAUAUUCAUUUGCGCGUGACUUACAAUUUCGGUUUGGGAAAAUGAGCCAAAAUUGAAAGAAAGAACGGUAAACUACUUUGUGUCAAGACAUCACUGGUCGAUUGAAGUGUAUACACGUGAGCACAGUCAGUCAGUAAAACAAUACGCUAGAAUCGCAUGGGCUUCUCUUAUAUAAUCUCUUGAAGUCGCCAGGUAUGAAUGCUUUCCCCACCGUUUUUCCCUAACGUUUUAACCUCCUCUGUUUAGCCUAGAAAAUUAAAAAGAAAAGUAACUCUCAACUCGUGUUUGAACCUGUAAUCUUUUUUUAACUUUUUCCCUAUUCUAAUUUCAUAAUUGUCCUUUGGCUGGAAAUACACGACGUAUUUUUGAGAUUGUUUCUGUUAUUUUAUUCUGUAACCUCUACCAUAACUGCAUAUAAUGUGGGUGUCUUUAAGAAAACUUGAGAUAACAUCCGGAUUUCAUUUUUACGGUUCCAAACAUCAAUCAAGUUUUCUCUUUAAUUUAAAAGUUGAGGUGAUGUGUUAUUGUCUACAUUAAAUAGGUUGAAAAGUUUUAGAUGGUUUUUCUCAUGUUUGAAAGUUUCAUUUUUGCAACAUAUUCAUGAAAUGCAAACAAAACGUUUUCAAUAUCAACAAGUUUUCUCUUACAUUUCAAAAACUUAUAAACACUAUUACAAAAUAAUUAUUCAGGGGAAUUGAAAACUUGUGACGUGUUUGUGCCAUGUUUGAAAUGCCAUGUCCAAAUUAGGUUGAAAAGGAGGGUUUUAGAUGGUUUUAAUCUGCUAAUCGCUCCUGUUGGCAUGUUUGAAAAAAGGAACUAAUUUUAGUGGAAUCCUUUUCGAACAAACUAUUUGUGAAAAUGUUAUCUCAUUCACUGGUGGAUCAUUCUUAUUCUGGUUUUAAGAACGAAAAUAUUUUAUCCAUAAAUCAUCUUGGCUAAAAAACUUUAAUUUGACUAAACGUUUAUAGCCAAUACCAGUCCUUUCACAUAUUAAAAUGUUUGGUGGAUCAGAGGAAAAAAUGUGCCAUACAUCUGCAAAAUUUCAUGUAAAUGUUUUAGUUACAUGAAUAUUAACUGAUACUAGGUUCUAUUUAUGCAGUGUAGGUUAGUAAGGUAAAAUUGAGUCAAACAUUCAAAACAUACAACGACAGGUUCAAGAAAUGUUUACAACUAAUUUUUAAGGUUAGACUACCUGGAAAAAUCACCUUCUUGUACAAAUUAGACCAGGUUUGUACUGAUGAUGCCCAAAAGAACUAUCUGUGGUAAAAGGGGAAGGCUUUCCUUUCUUCAUUUAAAAAAAUACUAAGGUUAUCAUCUUUCCACAAGCUCAGUGGAAAGUGAGAGUGAAUGAGACUGAUAGUGACUACGUUAUUUCAAUAAAUAUCCAGAGGAGGAUAAAAAGUAAGAUAUGGUCAGCACAAUUCUCUUAUUUUAAUUUUUAAAAUCAUAAAGCUAAGGUAUUUAUAUUCUUGCUUUGCGCAUUAAGUGGACGCCAAUUACUUUAACUUUCAUGCUUCGAAAAUACAAAAAAAUGUUUUCUUCAUCUGUGUACUCUAAACAUCACAGGGGUGGAGGCAGGUCAUGGUUAAAACAUGAAUUAAAAUAGGAGGGCCCUCCAUUAAUUUCAGACUUUAUUAAAGGAGGAUCCAUGUUUUUCCAGAUUUCCACCGUUUAAAACUCACAUAUCUUGUAAUUCCUUAUAUCAAUGUUUAGUUGGGUAUGAGUGGUAGUAAGGAACGCCAUGCAUUAAAGAAAACUUGAGCAAGAGUGUUUAAUGCAAGUUAAAUAAUAAUAUUACAUAUUACAAUGUGGCAGCUUACACAGCAAAAUUAUAUGAUCACACAAUCCGAAACAGAGGAAGUCAGGUUAUUGACUCACCUGUUUCAACUUUUUUAGGGCUUAAGGUAAAGAGAAAUAGAUAUGGUAAAAAGUUUCAAUUAAUACAAAGUUGAAAGUUUUAAAAGCUAAAUGAUAGACAUCGCAAUCAUCAGAAACUAUGCAUCCUAGAAAAAAAAGGGUCAAUUACCACCAUAACUUCUCCCAAACAUUCAUGUUAACAGGAAACCAUUAAUUUUUGUCUCCAAAGAAAUAAAUUUUUCUAAAGUUAUCUCAUAGCAUACGACUUUACAGGUCAUGUGGAAGAUUCCUGCAUGGAGACUAACAUCUCACUUAACUCAGCAAACUGUAAUCAUCAGAGCUGCCAAGUCAAGGUGUUUUACCAAGUGCUCAAGUUUUCGCCAUUAAAAGCAUUUUUGACGGAACAAACUAGUGAGCAUCACUGCGCGAACUGAGAAAGUAAAAACUUGUAUUUAUCUCCCACGCGUUUCGUCUAACAAUAGUAGACUUCAUCAAAGAGUUUUACAAGUAGGAUAAAUUAAGCUUGCCUGUAUACAAAUAGUAAAUAAGUUGCAGUUGUCUCUUUACCAUUGCAGCCAGUGGAUAGAAUUCGCCUACGGUGUUAUACAUGCGUGACAUUUUGACUCUUCAACAUCACGUAAUGUCUCUAGUUUACAGAGGUUUUAAAACGCUUCAUUACAUGGAUUUGCCUUUUGUGGGUAGAAGGCUAAAAGCGAAUUUCACGGGCGUAAUUGCCUUUGAUUUCUCAAUUGAUGUUGUCGCAAACACAGUUUGUGGGAGUCACGAAACAAAAAACUUAUCAGGACCUAGUUUCAUGUUCUAAUGGAAAUAAAUAGCAAAUAAAAACACGUUCUCUUGAGAAAUAGAGUUAUGAAAAACAGGAGUUCUUUGAAACAAAUAGUGAUAGAAAAGGUUUCAGUUCUGCUCAAUGUUGACUUUUUAUAGCCUACUUUCAAAUCUAAGAGAACGCGCUGAGGGAAUAAAAAAAAGAUACAUGUGUGAUAAUGCAAGGAAGAGAAUAAAAAUACAAAUAAAGAAAAAAGAGAAAACACUGGAACCCGUGCUGCAGCGUGCAGAUAUCUUUUGAGCCAGACCUACACACCUAAGCCCGACACCACGCAAACAAACUCGAAAGAGUGCUGUAUAUGAACUGGCUCGCACGUGCACGCAGGAAAGGCCAUGACAAUCAGCAGAAAUAAUAGCAAAUACAGAUGAUAUUUGCAGUCAAAAAACUGGCAAAUAAGAUAACAGAAGGAUUAAGAACUUUUCAGAAGUGUCUUCUUGAAAAAAAAGAGAUCGGCAAUUUUUACUUCUCAUGAAAGGUCACGCAGACAGGCUACGAAUACUAUUUCUGCGUGGAAUUCCUAUCAAAUUAGGGGGGGCAGAGUUUCCUGUCAUCCACGGUUUGGAAGAGCCGAAGUUGUUACACACAGAAGCUUUUACUUAAACAAGUAUGCAACAUGCGACUUUAAAAUCUCCUCUCCUGUUACAGUUUCCUUAUUGUGAACUGUGCGAUAAUGAUAAUAGACAAUCAAAUUAUAGACUAAUGAAUGUUUUGUUCUGUACAAGAGCCCUAUUUCCUGAUUUUAGCAAAUCUUCGAAGUAAUAAACGACAGAAGAGAGAAACGCUUCGGUUUUCCCAUAGAUUUUUUGCUUACAUGCAUCUCUCUAAACGGGAAAUUUUCCAUUCCUACAAAAAAUCUCGAUAGUUUUACACAUUUUUUAUCUUUCUUCAUCAAUCAUCUUGUAUAAAGAGCUAAAACAAUGUUGGUUUAUUUUGGUCAAGUGACCGCCUGGAGCUAGAAUUGCGUGACAGGUGUAGUUGAGAGAAACUUGUCACAGUUGCAGAUUUUAAAACAUCCCAAAAGACAUCCCAAAGAUUUUUUGAUGAUUUUCAGAGAUGAAAUGAUGGGUUAUAAAGAGGAAUCAAGAUUAUUGUUGUAGCUUUCUGGUAAAGGGAGAUAUUUGACCUCAAAGUUGUCAAAUAUUUGGAUGAAUCGAAAAGUCUAAAAACACAGUCGUUUAUUUGCCUCUGUUGAUUAACAAGCCGUCAUUCAAAUUGACCAAUACUUGCAGCGGAUAUUAACUAAGGAUGUAAAAAUACGUGUGCCAACCCUCAUAGUAAUUGGUUAAGUACCAUCGCAGUGAGAGCUUCAUACAUUUACCUAUUCUGAAUUGAUAUCCUUGGUGAAAACCGAGAAAAACCGGGGGUGGUCUAUCUCCCCCCGGAAAAAAACCAAAACAGAAACCAGUUUGUCUUUUUGAGCUUUGGGGUAGACCCUUUAAACUGACAAAGUUUCAUUGAAAUCGGUGUGAUGGCAUGUAGUACGACUGCCUGGUACUCUCGUGGUCACGCUCUUAAUUCUAUCAUAAAAAAAUAUAUCUUUGUUUCAGUCUAUCACAGAAAAGGCAUUUCCGCAUUUGUGUUAAAGAACUGUAUGUGGAACGCUUUGACCCAAUGAACAUUUCAUAUGCGGUGCUGGGAGGUAUGAAUAACCUAAUCUCAGAUCCUAUCAGCUUAACAACUUGCAGCGCAUGCAAGGUCUUCAAUUAGCAAUAUAUUUGAACAUCUCGAGCGUUUCUCAUUAUACAUGGAACGCAUCACAUUCAGAAGGAAAAAAAUUACAUAAGUAUACCUGCAAAUAAAGGAGAACAUAAAGAAUAGGAAAGAUAACACUAGACUUACAGCUGAAGAAUCAUUCUUCACCUUUUAUAGGGAAAAAAACCCCAAGAAAAUAAGCCCUUCAUCGUUCUUUCCACGACCAAAGAACUAAAUAGUUGUAAGAGUAUGACUAAAAUUAAUUCAAGAAGAAAAAAAAACCGUAACUCGUGUUUAUCUUACAGACAGCAUUUGA